AUGGCGUCGUUCCUUCCGCUCGGUCAGGUGCGCACCGCGGGGGGCUCCGAUGGCCCCAGCAUCGGGGGCGGCCUGCGACUGCAGAGGCGCCAGGCGAGGCUGGCGUGCGGGCCGAAAGCGGGGGGACGGCUGACGGGUUUUGUGUUGGAUCGCGCCGGUGGCUCAGGCUUCAGCGUGGAACAGAGGGAGCUCACGGUCUGUUCAGUGCAGGAUUCCUUCAGGCGCUGCUUCACAUGCACUCCACAGGAGUUUGUGGAUAAGAUGGAUCAUCAAGUGGGCAAGGUCUUCGGCCGUCCGGGCCAAGUCCGAUCUUUGGUGAUGAUCAUCGCUCCGCACACGGAGGCGGUCAUGCGCUUGGGUGAAGAGGCCGAGUCCCGAAGCUUGAAGACGGCUGCAGAGAAGGACAAUGCCGGCACCAUCAACGGCCACAACGGCCACAAUGGCCACAACGGCCACAAUGGCCACAAUGGCCACAAUGGCCAUGACGGCUACAACAGCCGAAAUGGCCGCGCCGAUCAGACCGAGGCGAGGGCACGGCCCAGCGAGGCAUUUGCGCCCGAGCCGAAACCGAAAGCGCCGGCAGCGAGCGAGACAGGAGCAGAUUCCAAAGAUCCAGAGGCGACACGAGGGGAAGAGAGGCGGCUCCACGUCGCCGCCCAGGACUUCGAGCCCCUGGGCCACGGGGAAUUGGAGCUCAAGGAGGGCGACUUGGUGCGGGUGCUCCUUGACCCCCAGGCCACGCAGGCCGGUCAUUGCCAAGACCGCUGGGUCUACGGGGAGAAGGAGGACACGGCAUCCCGACUGCAAGACUUUUCAGUUGCCUUUGUCGAUGGCAUGGGGGUGAAUGCUGGCCUUUCCGUGCGCGCCAACGAUGACACGGACUUCGUCCUCUACUUGGGGGCCCCGCGCACCGGCACGCAGACCAUGUACGAGGCUCUGCAGAUCCUAGGCUUCAAUCCCCAGCACAGUGGCUACAAUUUCUCUUCGCGCGACGCGCCUUGCCAGUACCUCUUUGGCAACGGCACGCUGAAAGAAGCACUGGCCACGCUGGAGGGCAAGAGCGGUGCCAUGGACGAGCCCUACUUCUUCAUGUACAAGGAGAUCCUGCAGGCCUAUCCGCACUCCAAGUUCAUUCUUCCGAAAGUCGACCUUGACGAGUGGCUGCAUUCCUACCUAAACUUCUUCAAGAAGAUGCUGAUCCCGGACAUCGACAAGGACAUGGCCGUGAGAAUGAUGCUUGGCGCCAAGAAAGAGAAGGCCUAUAUGGAAUCACGAUAUGACUACUAUUCCUCGCAUUUAGAGUUUACCGAUUCACAUUGUAAUGCGGUCCGCUAUUGGCAGAGCUGCCAGUUCAUUCUGGGCGACUUGAUGCCAGAGGGCGCCAAGGAAGACUGCAAAGCGAGCUUUCAGGAGCACAUUGACAAAGCCGUCAAGGCCAUCCCUGCGGACCGGCUUCUGACCUUUGACCUCUCAGACGGCUGGGAACCUUUGGCGAAGUUCCUGGGGAAGCCGAUCCCCAAGGAGCCCUUCCCCUACUUGGACCACUUCAGCGAUGAGGCGCCCAAGAUCGGGCCCAACGGCGACGGGAAGCUUCCGGACCUCUCAGAGUCUCCGGUGGAAGUUCCGGCCGUGUCCUUCGCACAGACCUCCUCCCGGCACGUGGCAGCGACGCGCGGUGAGCGCGGUGAGCGCGGUGAGCGCGGUGAGCGCGGUGAGCUGUGA